UUGAGGUUGAGGAGUGGGCUGCUGUCUCAAGCGUGGACUGGCUUAUGGAGAGGAACUGGUCUGUCAUCCAGGAGAUAGAACGGGGCCUAGAGGGACUCACAGUGACAGUGGACCACACGGACUCACACGCCGAUGUUACGGUGAAUGAGCAAGGAAAUGGGCUUGAAUGUUUUUUUAUUGGCUGGCUAUUUAUACAGUAUACACUCCUGAUCAAAAUUUUAAGACCAGUUAAAAAAUUGCAAGAAUUUACAUUUUGCUCUGUUGGAUUUUAAAGAGGUUCUAAGCAGAGCUUCAACAUGCAAAAAGAAGAAACGGGAGUGAAACAAAAAAAGAGAGUAUGCAAUUUAUUGCAAACAAGCAUUAAACUGAAACAACGUGGGACACUGAAAAGUGGAAGAAAAUUUAAAAAUGUAACCUUGAUGGUCCUAAUGGCUUCCAACGUUACUGGCAUGACAAGGAAAUCCCACCUGAGAUGUUUUCCACACGGCAUAGUGGAGGUGGCGCCAUCAUGAUCUGGGCUGCUUUUUCCCUCAAUAGAACAAUAGAACUUCAGGUUGUGCGGGGGUGUCAAACGGCAGCUGGCUAUGUGGAGAUGUUGCGGGGGGCAUCCCUCAUGACUGAAGGCCCAAAUCUGUGUGGUAAUGACUGGGUUUUUCAACAGGACAAUGCUGCAGUUCACAAUGUCCGCCUAUUUUUUUGCAUUUUGAAGCUCUACUAAGAAAUACCUGUGCAAAAUGUAAAUUCAUGCAAAUUUUUCAACUGGUUUUAAAAUUUUGGUCAGGAGUGUAUUACAUUCUGUACUGACAAGUGUUAGGCCACCAUUGGCUUUGUUGCUUUAAGUAAAACAGUGGUAGAACAACUACAAUUAGCGGGAUAGUGGGGAAGAAGUUGGUGAGAAUCUGGAUGCAGGAAUUUAUUUGGACCUUUUCCGUCACCACAAAUUGAACCAUUCAACUGCCAGAAUCAUAAUGGCAACAUCUUUCUGUUCAUCAUCCUCCAUGAGCCAGGAAUUAGCCUGCUAACCAAGAAAUAGCUUAAUGUUCAUAAUAACAACCCUGAAGCAACAAAUCUAAUGGUGCAAAAGCUGUUUGCACGGUACUGUGUGUCUGCAUACAGUAUAUUCCAUAAAAUCCAUCUUGAUUCUCCUCAGUCUUGGCCUGAGCACCAAAGCCUGGAGGUGGUGCACAGAGCAGCGAAUGAGCUAAACAACUCGGACCCUCGCAGCGUGAGAUUGGAUGAGUCAACCGCGGAGCAGAUCUUCAGGCUCUCGAACAACUUGCUUCUGCUCAUCUCCUCCCACACCCCUGUAAUGAAGACUCUUGUCCAAAGCUAUUCCAGCUAUGUGUGCUUGGAUCCAGACACAGCCCACCCCAAGCUGGUCAUCUCCCCAGAAGGUGACAGUGUCACCUACACAGACACUUGGAAGCAGUUACCUGACACCCCUUCACGCUUUGACGCCACGCUCAAUGUCAUCAGCUUGCAAAGCUUCAGCUCCGGCCGCCAUUACUGGGAGAUGGAUGUGACUGGGAAGACCUACUGGGAGAUCGGAGUCACGUAUCCCAGCAUUUCACGCAAGGGCACCACUGAGGACUGCUGGCUGGGACGGGGAGAUGAGUCCUGGUGUGUCGAGUUUUUUAAUGGGGAGUAUACAGCCUGGCAUCGAGGGGUGCCCCAUCAGCUGCCUGUCUCAAAGCACUUCUGUCGAAUUGGAGUUUUGUGUAGUUUUCCUUCUGGGUCGGUGAUAUUUCUUGGGGCAGAUGAUAUGACACCUCUGUUCUGCUUCUGUGCAGGGAGCUUCUCCGACCGCCUCCACCUGGCCUUGUGUCCUGGCCAGGCCUACAACGGAACCAAUGCAAAGCCUAUUGUCAUCUGUAAUGUAGAAUCUCCAGAUCUAUGUGUUCAAGCUGCUAAAAAACACCCACCUGAGCCUCAGAGAAACAUUGAAAGUAAUUGAUUUUUUUUCUUUAUUAUGUUUUCGGUCAGGUUUUUUUUUUUUACUUUAGUGUAGCAGCUCAUGCGUCUCACUUUCUCACAAGAAGCGUGGAUUCAAUUCCCACUCAGUGAUGGUAUGAAUGGUUGUCUGUUUCUAGAUGUGCCCUUUAAGUUAAUAGCUGGGAUAGGCUCCUGCCACACUGGACCCUGACCAAUAUAUGUGGAAGAAAAUGAAUGGAUGGAUUAUCAUUUGUUAGACCAAAUGCUGUGUGAACCUUUGUGAGGUUAAGUGGUCAGAUGGUCGGUCUUGUUUACCUAUCCAAAUAUUUACCAGAAAUACUAAACAUGAUAUAUCCUCUCUUUGCUGUUGCAUGAAAUAUAGCGUCAUAUACGUUACACUGCACGGGGUUUGAGGUAAGGUGAGUGAGCAAACGAUGUUUAUUUGGGAUUCACCCUGUGUUUGUACAGUAGAUCCAAAGUCUACAUUCAAACAAACAAUACGUUUUUUGCAAAUAUGCUCUAUGAACUUUUCCCUGAUGUAGGGAGGGCAUACAAGGCCGAUUGUAUGGGCCUAGAAUUAAUAGGGGCCCAAAUGAGCAUACUAAUAAUGAUUCAUCAGCACGGUAUUAUGUGAUUUCUUUGAUGCCAGGAUCUUUUGCAACACCCUUGCUUAAUCCGCUGAGGAAAAC